CCGUCUAAAUACUAUUAUCACAUACUUAUUCUUCAUAAUGUUAGUAUACAUUUUAUUACUGUCAUUUCUUACCACUGUAAAAGCAUCAGGAACAAUGCAACAAUGCCAGGGAACUGUGUAUGCUAUAGCCACUUUCAAUGGAUCAAAAUCAGCUGGAAGUGUAUACUUCACAAGACAAGGUGAACAGAUGCAUAUAACAGGAUCUGUGUCAGGUUUGCCGAAAAGUAGAAAAUUAGGCGUACAUAUACAUGAAUUUGGAACAACCGGGAAUAAUUGUUUGGAUGCUGGGCCACAUUUCAAUCCCUUCGACAGUAACCAUGGUGGAUUAACAGGCUCUCCCCGACAUCCUGGUGAUCUUGGAAAUCUUCAAGUAGACAACAAGGGAGUUAUGCAUUUUGAUCUCAUGGUUGAUAUUUCUGCUUUGCAUCUUUAUGACGGAUUUCUUGGAAGAGCAAUCGUUAUUCAUGCAAAAGAAGACAACUUGGGAUUAAAGAAAAGUUAUGAAAGUCAUGCAACAGGAAAUUCUGGUCGGCCUUUAACAUGUGCUCUAAUUGGUCUAUGGAGGGCUUAGAUUACCCCUGUUGAAUGCAUAAUCUGAGAAAAGCAGAUAAAUUUGUCUCACAUACGAGUUUAACGCAUUAGACGUUAUAUACAACUUAAUUAUUUUUAAGUAUAUUUUUUUAGAUCAUUUAUAUGUUCAGAGUGAUUAUCUACUUACAUAUUCUUAAUAUUGUAAAGCUAAAUUCUUAAUUUUGCCAGAAUUGAUUCUUGUAUUGAAUCCUUGUCGUUUUCUUUUCACCAACUUCUGUCAGUAUCUUAGUAAAAUUCUCUCGUAAGCUACAUAAAGAUUUCUUACACAGAUGGGAUAUUUAACAGGCUUGAAUAAACUAUUUUCCUCUUCUGUGGAUAACAAAUUCUUUAAGUACACAGUUGGCUUAUACAUAAGGCAUCUACUGAAUUGGAACAAAUGAGAUAAAAUUCAAAUACAACCUAUGAUAUUAGUGAAAUUCAAAUACAACCCGUGAUAUAUGUAUAUUUGUGAAAAGUUUGUGCAUUGUAUAAUAGAUGAAGUUAAUUAUAUUUGUAUUCGAAUAGUUUACACAAAAUGAUAAGUUUUUUUGUUCUUGUUAAUAUUGCU